AUGGACUGGGAACCUCCUUUGCCCGCCGACUGGACGAACCUGCACCGAGGUUUUCUCCAGGCCAUGAUGGCUCGGGGAAGUAUGACGCUGGAAGAGGCGCAGCCCAUAUUGUCUUCUCUCCGUAAUGCCGAGAAAAGCGUUGGGGCGGCCGGCAUAAGCAUGGAUGAGAUUGGGAUUGAGGAUUUAGAGGCCGUUUUGAGCAUGAUCCGCGAAGCAAUAUCACCUCUAGACUACGAUAUCAAGAAGCACCGGCACCAGACCACAAAGGAGGAAGUCUGGGCAUUCAUCAACAUUAAUAGCGACCCAUCCACUCAGCUCGCAACAACACAUACGGCUGAUGAGAUGUCGUUCAUCAAGAGGUUACUGGACGCCAUCUUUGAUACAUACAACAAGCCAAGGAUAGAACUCAUGUGCAUUACGGCAGACCAAGCACGGAAGCUUUCGAGACCAGCCAGGGUCAGGGAAAGCCUGGGGGUCAAUGGGGAGUCUGCCGCUUCGCAACCGGCUACAGAUAAAGGCCUCAAGCACAGCGAGGUCGAUGCUUUGAUGGUGUCGCUGACAGAAGAGGGCUGGUUGGAGAAGAGCGCAGCCGGAUUCUACAGCCUGGCACCGCGCGCGCUGCUGGAGCUCUGGUCGUGGAUGGUGGACUCAUACAACGAUCCGGACGUCGAACCGGGCGAGUGGCAACGAAUCAAACACUGCGAGGCCUGCAAGGAUGUCGUGACUGUCGGUCAGCGAUGUUCAAAUCUCGACUGCGCCGUCAGGUUGCAUGACAUCUGCCAGGAAGCGUUUUGGAGGGCGAGGAGAGAUAAGCAGUGCCCCAGGUGCGAAACGCAAUGGGAAGGAAACUAUUUCGUGGGGGAGAGGGCCAUCACGGCGACGGCAGCUUAUCAAAGAGCUAGGCAAAAUGGCCGGGGCAGGCCUAGUGAAGUAGUUAGCUCUGUCAUGGCCGAGGCCGAACUGGAUGAUGAGGAAGAAUGA